CGGGGGUGCCCUGCCGGCCACAGUCGUUUCCAUUAACCCUUUGGUGUUCACCCCCACGAUCGACAUCUUCCUCACAGGCAAACAAGGCUUUUGGGCCUGUACUGGUCAGUGAAGGUUGAAAAGAUGGGAAAUGCAGAAAGCAAUGCCUAUCAGAAUCACCUUUCCAGAUUUCUUCCUGAGGAGCAGUCUGACAUUGAUGGAGUAUUUGAUACCUUAUCAGGAUCAAGUGGCUCAGCUGGAGCAAAAAAUGGCAAAGCUACAAAGAAAACUGUGACUCUGGCAGCACUACAGGCGUAUAUGCGGGAGCCAUUACCAGAGCAAAUGACUGUUCGGUUAUACAACGGAAUGAAAAGUAUUGACCUGCCUGGGAAAUCGUCUGGACUGAGUGAACAGAUUGCUAAGGAGCAGUUUGUAAUUUUUAUGUCAAAUCUCUUAAAAGGGAAUGCAGAUGAGAAGAUUACCAUAAUAAUGAGAAUGAUCUCCAAGACAGAAGGGCCUGUGAAGGGCAAACAAAUCCACGAGUUCACAGAGGACCUGAUCAUGUCUGUAGUCCAUGUACUGAGCUACAGGAAGGAACUGAAAGGUUGGAAUUUGGAGAAUACUAGGGAUUCUGCAAGUGGAAUAAAGGCUCUGGCUUCUCAGCUACUAUCAGAAUUGAAGCUUGCAGAUGGAACAAAACCUGUGGGUCCUCAGCUGAUGGAGACAAAUUUUGAUGAAAGUGUCAUUGAGGAUUGGGUGUACCGAGUUCCACAGGUCUCAGUUUUCCUCAGUGUUGUUAUCAGGCAAGGCCUCCAUGUUCUCCAUUCUCUCCCAGACCAAACCAAAGACAUACUCAACCUGGUUCCAGGCUGCAAAGGCAUCAAAGGAAGAGGACUUGUCAGUCUCUUUGACAUCCCAUCCAUCAUAUACAUCAACUCCCAUCUGCCUGCAGAGCUACAGCACAAGUGGCGGCUUUUAUUUUCUUCUAGGCUUCAUGGAGAAAGCUUUUCACAGUUAUGUGGGCAUAUAGUGAACAAAGGUCCUUGCAUAGUGAUCUUAAAGGACUUGGAUGGUUAUAUCUUUGGUGGGUUUGCAUCUCACUCCUGGGAGGUGAAGCCACAGUUUCAAGGUGACAACAGAUGCUUUCUGUUUUCUGUUUUCCCCUCUCUUGCUGUAUACACAUACACAGGGUAUAAUGACCACUACAUGUAUUUGAACCACGGCCAACAAACAAUGCCAAAUGGACUUGGUAUGGGUGGACAACAUGGUUACUUCGGACUCUGGGUAGACAGUGACUAUGGGAAGGGACACAGUAAAGCAAAACCUCGAUGUACCACCUACAACAGUCCCCAGCUGUCAGCUAAAGAGGAUUUCACACUGGAUGCCAUGGAAGUUUGGGCAGUGGGAGACCUCCCUGAAAGCGCAGGGACCAAAGGUAAGAAGAGUAUCCUGGAUGUAGAUCCUGAGGCUCAGGCCUUAUUAGAAAUGGCUGGAAAAAGUCGUCAGAGUGAAGGUCUACGAGAACCCAUUGAAGAGGAGGAGGAUGAUGAUAACUAAAAGAAUCACAGUAAUCACAUGAAAAACCUUAAAACCUUUUUUUUUUUUUUUUUUGCUGCUCCUAAGUGUUAAUGUUCCUUGGACAGGAUAUUUUUUCCUCAUUUUUUUCCUUACAUUUACCUAAUUAUCUGGGAAUCUGGGACAAAGCUUAAGCUUCAUACUUACGUAAUAUUUAGGUCCAGUACAAUAAUACAAUAUCCUGCCUGAAGGGUUUUGUUUGGGGAGGACAGAAAAAUUAACUAGGUACUUAAUCUCUAAGUUCUAGCUGAAUAUGUCUUUGCUAGCAUUCCUCAUAGAUCCUGUCUGCAUACAGAAUUAAAAACAAAAGACGAAGUUGUAGACAGACGGCUUACUGACUUGGAGAAUUGAUAUGUGUUUAUAGAAAGACUGUUCAAGACACUGAUUAAGGCUCUUAUACCUCAACUGUACAUAUUUAUUCGCAUGCAAUGAAAUUAGUCAGUGAAGCUUGCAAAUUGUAAUGAUGUCUUAUAUUGGUAAACAUAGAAUAGUCCACGUGAUUCCAUGUGAAGGAUGCUAUUAAUUUGCAUUGCUCCAGUUAAAGCAUUAAAUUUCAUGUUUUCCAAGUCAGAUUUUCAGCAAGUGACUCUAUAUGGGCUGUAAGAUGUACAGAAUGCUAAGUAGACAGUAUCCAGUUUUAUAAUACUACACUACACCUUAAUGCAUUUCACUUAGGAGGUUUCUGCAGAAAUUUGCCUAUUGCUUUUUAAACUUAGUAGAACAGAGCCAUUGGGAGUCAUUCAGCCAUAUUAUAAGAAUGGGCCAUACCUCCAGCAGAAAUUCUAUAGGGAAGAUACCUUCUUUAGUAGCCUCACUUGAGACUGGAGUAGUAGAUCAGGCUGUAAAAAGGAUUAAGUAAGAAGCAUCCACAGUUAAUCGGCAAUAGUAUCUGCAGAUACCUUGUAAAAAAAAAAAAAUAAAAUCAGGGUUAUGUCUGUAACAUGUUUAAAGAAGACUGCUGUACACUUUAUUUCCACGCAAUUAAUCAUUACUGUAUUAGGAAAAAAAUGCCCGCAAUGUGAAAUGUAACUAGCGGGCUGGGGGUUUUGCUCUGGUUUUUUGGCUGUUCACUGGUCAACGCCAGUUUUGUCCGGUCUCAUACUCAGGGCUUUUUCUACUUGAAUCUCUUCACAUCUAUCAGUAAUUAUUAGUCUGACCUUGCUAAUUCUAUGGGUACUUAACUUGUCAAAAAUAACCCUAAUUUCUACCAGGGACUGUCAUUUCUAACUUGGCAAAUUGUGUUUGGUUAUUAGUAUGUAUGAUUGUCAGUCUUUCUUCUCCUAAGGAGAAGGACUGUAUCAAGUGCCCUUUGUCCUAGCAUGAGUUUGUCUUCUGUGCAGCUUAGAGCAAAAAAUGUGCUGUAACAGUCUAUAAAAUUAUUAUGAUCGUGAUUCCUGAUCAUGUGGCUUUCCUUCAAACUCUUUCCCUUAGUGUUUUCUUGUAUGUGGUCUUUCUUUUUUCCACCCCGUAUUUUUCGUAGGGAGCCAGAUUUGAAUAUUUUGAAUAAUCUGCACUUGUGCCUUAAUGUAGAUCCCAUUUUUAAAAAUUUUAUUAAACAAUAUGAAUUUAGCUUUGAAAAGAGAGCAUGAAGAAAUCACUCCAGCCAGACAUCCUAGAACUCAACUGUGCAUUUUGUAUGCUACCUGAACUAAUGAUUGGGACAUAUAUGCUAUCUGUUCCAGUACAGAGUAUACUGUGAAAGGCCUGAGCUAAUGUCCUUUUACCUUGUAUUUUCUUAAAUAAACCAGAUAGUCUCCCAAGUUUGUAACACACAGAAAAAAAAA